UCCGUAUACAAGACGACGGUUCCUGUAUAACUGAAACAGAGCGGAGGUGAAUUCGAUCAAUUUAAUCCAGAGAUGGAGAAAACCCAACUCUCGGGCAAAGAUGCGAUGAUCCCGGUCGAUCGGAUUAGCAAUUUGCCGGAAACAAUCAUUGGGCACAUCCUCUCCUUCCUCCCUACCCAAUCAGCCGCAGCCACAAGCUUCUUGUCCAAAGGUUGGAAACAUCACUGGACCAAACUGACCACCUUUGAUUUCGAUGAUUACUGGUGGCUUAUUAGGAACAAUAACUCUUCUUCUUCUUCUUCCCGGAGGCCUGGUGUCGGGUUCAUGAGUUUUUCAGACUUUGUGAACAUGGUUUUGUGCAAUCACAGUGCUCAAGUCCCUUCCAUCGUCAACCGUUUUAUGCUCAACGUUGCUGACAAAAACUUCCCAUUCGUUCAUCUUAACAUCUGGGUCAAUCUCGUGAUCGCUCGAAAUAUCCAAGUUCUUGAUUUGAACGUGUCCCCGUUAGAUGGACGGGGCAAUCGUCCAAAAGAUUAUCAUCAAUAUGAGUUUCACUUGCCCCUUGCGCUCUACACUUGCGGGACAUAAGAGGUUCUGAAAUUAUAUGGUUCUUUUCUGGUUAAAGUUCCCCAAUCAGUCUGUCUUCCGAAACUUAGUCUCUUAGAACUGCAUAAUGUUAAGUUUGAAUCGGAUGAGUCUUUUUGCAAGCUUAUAUCUGGUUCCCCUGUUUUAGAAUCUCUCGAAAUUUACAGGGGCCACAAUGAUGGCAUGGUUGUUUGUACAAUUUUUUCCCAUUCACUGAAACGUUUGCGGUAUUAUCAUGGGUUGUGCUCUGACUGUGAAGUUGCCGCUGCUUCUGAUCAAUUUAAGCUGCAAAUUGGUACGCCUGCGCUUGAAUGUGUUGUGUGGGAUGUUUUUCUGUCCAUAAAAAUUGUUAUCCUCAAUGAUUUGGCCUCUUUGAAUGAGGUGACUUUUGAUCUCUCUUCAAUAGGCGGCGGAUUAACAUUAGAGACGAUCCACAUAUUUGAUCAAGCAAAGAUUCUGAAUUUAACUCUAAAAGAGACCACCGGCAAAUUCUCGGCAUGUUUCACCAGAGUAACAAAAUUGUUUUUAACGGUUAACUCGAUCGUUUUUAACUUUGAUGUGAUCAAUUCUUGUCCUGCAUUAGAGGAACUCCGCAUCAGGAAGUGGGGAUGUGAUGCUUUAAUUCGCAAUGGAUGGAGGGAUCCUGCCAGUGUUCCUAAAUGCUUGUUACAUAGUCUCACAACAGUAUCAUACGAGGGAUUCCAAGAUCAUGAAGAUGAGAAGGCCAUGUUAAAGUACAUUGUCCAUCAUGCUUUAGUUAUGGAGAGAGUUGAUAUACACGCGAAUCCUUAUCGCGGUCUCAAGGGAAAGUUUGAAUCAUUCAACAAGAUGUUAAUGUUAUCCAGAGUAUCUCCGGCUUGUCAAAUUUUCUUUCAUUGAUUCAGUGAUCAUCGUUUUGGAAGGCAUCGCUGUGUUUUGAAAGAUGUGACAGUCGAUAAGUUUCAUCUUUUAGAUGCAUCUUUUGGAUUCUAUGGCUAUUGGUUAGUAGUUGAAAUCCAUUCUGCUAUAUAUGGUGGAUCUGUUAUUUACUUUUUUAAAAAAUACUUUUGUUACAGUUUGUUUCGUGUUUUUAUUAUUUCUUUUCUUGCUUUUGGAUAGUUUGUAUUUGAUUGUCUCAUGG